UCGAACUUCAUUCUUUCCUUUGUUUUGUUUAACGAAUUAACCUUGCAUAUUUUGCCAACACUUCACCACCUACUCACCAUAUACAAACAAAAACACAUGUCUAGGUUCAAUGCAUCAACACACACAAAAUUUUACACUACACUAACACCAAUCCUUAUUGGAUUUUGAAGCCAUAUAUUAAUUGAUCAUCACUCUUCAGUUCAUCACAUACUACUAAUCAAACUAAAGGAAUCAGCAUAAUUAAUUAGAAUGGGAGAGGUGGAUCCAGCUUUCAUCCAAGACCCAGAGCACAGGCCAAAGCUAUGUUUCAGUGAAGCAGAAGGGAUCCCUAUGAUUGACCUCUACCCAUCAAGGGAAAAAGACCCUUCUGCCCUUGAUAGGCUUGUGAAGGAAGUUGGCAGUGCAUGCAAAGAGUGGGGGUUCUUUCAGGUAAUCAACCAUGGGGUCCCACUUGAUCACAGGCACAAAGUUGAAGCUGCAGCUAGAGAGUUCUUUGGUGAGAGCAAAGAAGAGAAGAACAAGGUUAGAAGAGAUGCUGUGAAAGUGCUUGGUUACUAUGACACAGAGCAUACCAAGAAUGUUAGAGAUUGGAAAGAGGUCUUUGAUUUCUCUGUUGAGGAACCUACCUUGGUCCCUGCUUCUCUUGAUCCUCAUAAUCAAGAUGUCACUCAUUGGCAUAAUCAAUGGCCUCAUUAUCCACCAUACUUGAGAGAGGUAUGCCAAGAAUAUGCUAAGGACAUGGUGAAACUAGCAUUGGAGUUGAUGGAACUUAUUGCUCUGAGCUUAGGUUUGCACCAGAAACGGUUCCAUGAGUUCUUCAAAGACCAAACAAGCUUUAUAAGGCUGAACCAUUAUCCACCAUGCCCUUCACCACAACUUGCUCUUGGAGUUGGUAGGCACAAGGAUUCUGGUGUGUUAACCAUUCUUGCUCAGGAUGAUGUUGGUGGCCUUGAAGUGAAGCGAAAAUCUGAUGGCGAAUGGGUUCGGGUUAGGCCUACUCCUAAUGCUUAUAUCAUUAAUGUUGGUGACACGAUUCAGGUUUGGAGCAAUGAAGCAUAUGAAAGUGUUGAGCAUAGAGUUAUGGUGAACUCUGAGAAAGAAAGGUUUUCAAUUCCAUUCUUUUUGAAUCCUUCACACUACACCAUGGUGGAACCAUUAGAGGAGCUGGUAAAUGAGAACUACCCUGCCAAAUACAAGCCUUACAACUGGGGCAAGUUUUUAGUCACUAGAAAGCGCAGCAAUUUCAUGAAGCUUGAUGUUGAAAAUAUUCAAAUUUAUCAUUUCAAGGUUUAGAUGAAGAGAGGGAUUAUGGAAAACAUGUUAUGCUUCAUUUACUUAGAAAUAAGCAAUGCUAAUGUAUAUUUUUUACCUGUCUUGAAUAAAAGUAGCAAUUUUGAAAGUAAAUCAACAAAUUUGAUAACCACA